GCCAUGAGGAUGUUGGCGCUUGGAAUCCGAACUGUCCCCCGCGUGCGAGUGCCGCUGGUUCAAGCCGCUUCCCUCAGCUCAGACGCUCCUUCAAAGCUUCGCUUCGACGACAUACUCCACGAUAUUCACAACUUUGCGGAUGCCAAGAAGCUCCCGACCGCAAACAAAUUGACUGCGCUAUUUCGCAGUGUGACAUCGCGUCAAGAUUUCGUUGAAGCAACCAAGGUAUUGCGCAUCUACGAAACCAUGUUUGUGGAUCCGAAACAGCAAACGGCGGGGGAAUUCAUCAAAGCCGCGAUCACGCAGGAUGCUGAGGACCUGGCACUGAAAGUCUUCCAGCAACAUCGCCGAAUUGGGAUGUUUGUCAGCACAGGAUCGCUCAACAACCUUUUGUUGCAUCUGUACAAGAAGAGGGACCACGCGAGCGCGCUCGCGUUGUUCGAGGAAUUGAAACUUUACAAAGUCAAGCCCAACGCUGAGACGUACUCACUCGUUAUUCGACACUUGCUGAGUUCGGACAAUAUCGAUCAACUUUUGGACGUCUUGGCUGUUGCAGGGGCUGCCAAGCUGAUCAAGGCCAACACGCUCAACCACAUCCUCAUCCAGCUGUUCAACCGAGGCAAACUCGACGAGGUGUCCAAAGUCGUAGAGAUUGCAGCUAAGCACGACGUGCCACAGAACGACAUCACAAAGUCUGUCCUCGGAUCCAAGUAAUGUCAGAGAGCCUUCGCAUUUCGUAAUUUAGAAUGCGUGCGACGUGGCCACCCGAUGUAUGGCCCCAGGACGUCUCCAACGCCA